CAUUGUGAACGGAAUUGCCAAGUGUGACUCCUGACCUUACGAAGUCAGGUUCGAUCGUUAAAAUACUUCGACUAUUUAUAACAAUUAGUUCCAUUGACAUAUUGUUUUAGUCUAUUCGCGGAUUUUUUUUUUGUGCGUAUUUUAAAAAGAUUUGUUUUACCGCCCGCUAACCCGUAUUGGAGCAACGUUAAUGAUAAUUCAUCAUGGGGUUCUUGAAGGACCGGGACCUAACCAAUGUACCAACUAUCUACGAAUAUUAUAAAGGCAAAACAAUCUUCAUAACCGGUGGUUCAGGUUUUAUGGGAAAGGUCCUAAUAGAGAAACUGUUAUAUUCUUGCUCUGAAUUGGACAGAAUCUAUUUACUGUUGAGAAACAAGAAAGGCGUGAAUGCUGAAGAUAGACUGGCAUCUUUGUAUUCUUCAAAGUGUUUUGAUCGGUUGAGGAAGGAGAAACCGGAUAUAUUUCAGAAAAAAGUAUUUUUUAUCGUUGGAGACUGCAGUGAAAUUGGUUUAGGUAUUUGUGCAGAAGACCGGACCCUCAUUAUAAAUAGAACGAAUAUAAUAUUCCACGUUGCUGCAAGCGUCAGAUUUGAUGAAACGUUAAAAACUGCGGCCAGAUUAAACCUCCGAGGGACGAGGGAAAUGGUGGAUCUUGCAAAGGAAAUCAGAAACUUGGAAGUGCUAGUCCAUGUCUCGACAUCGUACGCUAACACGAAUAGAAAGCGUAUCGAAGAGGUCAUAUACCCAGCUUUUGCAGACUGGAGAGACACCCUGGAUAUAUGUGAGAACAUCGAUGACACUACGCUCAAUGCUGUCACACCUAAAUAUCUAGGAGAGCUCCCAAAUACGUAUGUGUUUACAAAACAGUUGGCUGAACAUGUAGUUGCGGAACAAAAAGGCAUAUUGCCCAUCGUGAUAAUGAGGCCAUCUAUAGUGAUAUCUAGUUUCAGGGAACCAGUAGAGGGAUGGAUUGAGAACCUUAAUGGACCAGUUGGCAUGUUGAUUGCUAGUGGAAAGGGAAUUCUACGGACGAUGUAUACCGAUCCAGACUUAGAAUCAGACUAUAUCCCAGUAGAUGUAUGUAUAAAGGCGUUUAUAACAGCUGCAUGGGCUAGAGGCUCUCAAAAGGUAAGCCCCACAGAUGACAUAGAAGUGUACAACUGCUCCUCGAGUCACAUGAAAACUUUGACAAUGGGGGAAAUUGUUGAUUACGGCAAGAAAAUCAUUCACGAGGUACCUUUAGAGGGCAUGCUGUGGUUUGCUGGUGGGUCUCUCACGAAGGUCUGGCUCGUAUACUAUUUCAAGGUGCUGCUUUUUCAUUUGCUGCCAGCCAUUUUUGUUGACUUAAUGUUAAGGAUAACGGGUAACAAGCCAAUACUGGUCAAACUCCAACGUCGCAUUUAUACAGCUAAUAUAGCACUGAAAUACUUCGUAACGCAGCAAUGGACGUUCACCAAUGAAAACAUCAUUGAGCUUCGAGGAAAAAUCAAAAAGGACGACCAAGAUCAUUUCUUUUAUGAAAUGGAAAAUAUAAACCCCGUGGAAUUCUUUAAAAACGCCUGUAUUGGAGGGAAGGUGUUUAUUUUGAACGAGAGCAUGGAAAACCUUGCAAAAGCUAAGGUUCAUUUUAAAAGGAUGGAGCUUCUGGACAAGGUUGUUAAGACAACAAUACAAGUUUAUGCUUUAUGGCUGAUAGUCAACAUUGGAUUUGUUAAGCGUUUUCUCCAAUCAGUACUUUGAUUACCUAUUUGUUUGAAAAACUUGUGUUUUAUUUUUUCUUCGCAGAGCAAAAAUUGUUCAAUAAAGAGAUUUUUCGUACC